AUGGGAGAUGCUGCCGGCGAAGCCUCAGGGAACAACAAGAAGGAGAUCCAGCCUGCCAAGUUCAUUGAGCUGCGCGUGGCGACCGCGUUCGGCGGCGGCCCCAAGUUCCUGGCCAAGUAUGAGACCGAGCCCAACGAAAUUUGCGUCAAGGAGUUCAUUGAGAAUGAAGAUCUGACGUGUCUGAUGUUUUCUGGAGACAACGUGAUCGCGUCGACAAAGAUGCCGGGGUCGCUCCAGCGUGGCAAGACCAUCGCUUUCCACAAGAUGCACAAGUGUGUGCUCACGCCAAAGAACAUCCUGAGCGACGUGCUUGUGAGUGAGCUGGGCACGAGCACGUUGGAACAUCUCGAGAAACUCGUGUCGGAGAUCUACCUACCCAUCUUUUCAAACCCGACCAACCAGGACGGAUGGGGCGAAGUCGCGUCCAAAGAGGUGGUGGACAAGUUCCACUCGUACAUGGCCACCGUGUCCAUCAUCACGGGCGCCAUCAAGGGCGAGACGUGCCUGCCCCUGCCGCCCGUGGACGGCAACUCGGCCAACCUCAAGAACAAAAUCUCGCUCCUGGAAGGGUCCAUUGUCACGUGGACCAAACAGAUCAAAAACGUACUCAAGCAAGACCCGGAAGAGCUGCUGAAACAAGGUUUGAACCCGACGCCGGACGCAGAAAUCGAGUUCUGGAAACUUAAGGCGGCCAACUUGAACUCUAUUUUUGGCCAACUCCAAAGCAAACGAGUGCGGAAGAUUCUCACAGCGCUCGACCGCAGCAAGAGCACGUACUGUACGACGUUUGCGCGGCUGUGCAAGGAAGUGUUUACGGCGCGCAUUGAAGCCAACGACAACACCAAGUACCUGCGCACGCUAGAGGAAUGGUUCCACCGCCUCAACAGCGAUGAGGACUUCCCCAACUUGACCGAAGUGUUUAAGCCCAUGCUGCACAUCAUUUUGCUGAUUUGGAAAAACUCCAAGCACUACAACACCCCCGCUCGACUGGUGGUGCUCAUUCGAGAGAUCUGCAACUCGCUCAUUAACCAAGCGAGGCGGUACCUUAGUGGCGAAAUGAUCUUUGGGCUGAUUGACCAGGACGAGGCCGGCCAGGCGGUCGAGCAGCUCAAAACCACUCUACAAGUAUGUUCAACGUUCAAGAGCAUCUACUUUGACUACAAGGCGACUGCAAACGCCGAAUGCCCCAGCAAUCCGUGGCGCAUCCAGAACAACGCGCUGUUUGUGCGGCUGGACUCGUUCCUGGAACGAUGCCACGACAUUCUCGACCUGACGCAGACGAUUGUCCAGUUCAGCAAACUGAGCAAGAUGGAGGUGGGCGGCACAAAAGGCAAGACGCUCACCAUGAGCGUACAGCAGAUCCACCACGACUUUACGGACGCCGUAAACACGUUCAAGAAGGUCUCGAACGAUAUCAUGGACGUCGGCGCGACCAAGUUUGACGACAAUUUCUACGAAUUCCGAUGCAAGAUCAAAGAACUUGAGCGCCGCCUCGGGUCAGUGUUGACGCAGGGGUUCGACGACUGCUCGACCGUGUUUGGGCGGUUCAAACUGCUGGAUUCGUUUGAGGGGCUACUCAACCGCCCGAUCAUCCAGGACGAACUGGAGAAGAAGCACGUGGCACUAGUCCAGGCGUACGGCCAAGACCUCAAGCACGUGCAGGAGCUGUUUUUGCAUAGCCGCGACUCGCCGCCCAUUUCGUGGAACCUGCCGCCGAUCUCUGGGGCGCUGACGUGGUGUCGUGGGUUGAUUGAGCGCAUUGAGCACCCUAUGAAGAAGCUCAAGGAGCUCAACCACAACGUGAUGGAGCGGGAAGAGGCCAAAGAGGUGUAUAAAGUGUACGGCACCGUGUUGGCCUCGCUCCAAGAGUACGAAAACCAAAAGGUCGAGGAGUGGAGUCGCGACGUCGAAGCCAGCUCCCAGGCCAAGCUCAAACUGCCGCUCAUCGUGAGAAAUCCACACACCCGCGUGCUCAAAGUGAACUUUGACCCAGCGCUGGAAAAGUUGCUGCGGGAGGUCCGGUACCUCAAGUGUCUGGGGCUGGACGUGCCGCAGUCUGCGCUGCAGAUCUUCCAAAAGGAGGAGACGUUCCGCAAGUACAAGGGCGACCUCAUGUACAUUGUAGAGCCGUACAACUUGAUGAUCGAGGGGUUGCAUCCAGUCGAAGAGCCACUCGUGCGCAAACACAUUAACAACAUCGACGCCAGCGUCGGCCGGGGCAUCGAAGAGCUCAACUGGAAGAGCAACGGCGUCGAAACAUUCAUUGAAGACUGCCGCAAGUGCGUGGAAAGCGCCAACGAAGUGGUGACCAACCUCAAGGAGAACCUUACGACCAUUGAAACGACGCUCACGACGUGGAACCAGCCGCUGCUGGAGCGCCAAGCCAAGCCGAUUGCCGCCAACGAACACGAGCGACUGCACAAGAGCUCCAUCGCCCAACGCACGCUCAAGAUCCGCGAAGGCGCGGCGGAGAUCCACAAGCGUCUCAAGCAGUCCAACGCGGGCAUCGCUGGCGUCAAUUCGGCGCAGUGGAAAGCAUAUGUCGACUACGUCAACAACAUCGUCGUGGGCGGGGUGGCCCGGGUCAUUUGCUCUAGCCUCGAGUUUUUGUCCAAGCAGCUCGAGCCAAACCAGACGCCGGUGGUCGCCCCCGUUCCAGCAAGCAAGGAUGACAAGGAGUCGAAGAAGGAUACCAAGGAGGCGGGGGCCGCGGCGCGCCUGCCCAUGCUCGAGAUCAAACUGGAUUUAAUCUCGAACCGCGUGCAGUUUAACCCGUGCCUCACCGAAAACAACGGCAAGGGGUUGCGAGAUACGAUUCAGAUGUGGAUCAACUCGUUCUUCAACGUCGCGACCGCCGUCAAGCGCCUCGACUCGGAUGGCGGCGGCACGUACCUCAAGGAAAUGCACAGCGACAUGAACAUCUGCAUGCAGCUGGCCACCAUCUCCGAGUACUUGCAAGAGAACGAAGACCAGCUGAACGCGUUCAAGAAAAAGUACGACAACUAUGCGUAUCUGUGGGAGGCCAACAUGGACGACGUGUUUGCUGCGUUCCUCCAAGGCGCCCAAUACAUUAGCAGCUUUGGGGCGACGAUGCUCAACCUGACCAAAUUCAACGAAGAAAUCACCAAGUACUCGCGCGUGUCGAACGAGAUUGCCAACUUGACGACGCCGUCCGAUGUGGGCUGGCUCCGCGUGAAUUCGCAGCCCAUCAAGACAGCCAUGGUGUCCUGGGUGAGCAAGUGGGUGUACCAGUACACGACCUACUUGUACCAGCACGUCGUGACCAAGCUCAGCUCCCUGCACAAGUUUAUGGAGGUGGUGCUCAAGGGGCUGGAAGAGGAGGUCGUGGAGAAGAACAAGGAGGCGCUGAUGCGCGUGAUGACCCACAUUCGCGACGUGCGCAAGCAGAUCGACGCGACCAACGAGAUGUUCGACCCCCUUCGCCAGGCCGUGCACCUGCUCAAGACCCACGGUGUGAACGUGGACGAGUUCAAGAUUGCCGACCAGACGAUUCAAGAUUACUUGGAGGCGGCGCCUCUGCAGUGGGAAGGGAUUGUGAACAAAACUUUCAAGAAGAAGGAAGAGAUCAUGCCGCUACAAAUGGCCGAAGUCGAGUCCAUCAAGGGCGACUUGGAGGCGUUCUACCUAGACAUGCGCAAGUUUCGCAACGAGUUUCGGACGAACGCGCCGUUCACGUUUUCUGGCACCCCCGAUGAAGCGUACAAGAAGGUCGACGACUACGCGGUGCGCCUCGCCGAAAAGGUCAAGCAAGCCAAGCAGUUCAACGAGCUCGAGGAACUGUUUGAGCUCCAAGUGAGCAAGUACCAGGAGACCACCGACACCCAGUACGAACUGCAGCAGCUCAAGAAAGUGUGGGAUCUCAAGGACUUUGCCCUAAACACGUUCAACGACUGGAAGAAAAGUCUAUGGGUCAAGAUCGACACGGAGAGCAUGGAAGCGUUUACGAGGAACUUUAUGAAGCAAAUGAAGAUGGAAAGCAACGAGAACCAGAUCAUCAAGCAGUGGCAGACGUACAAGGACACGGAGCAGAUGGCCAAGAACAUGUCGACCAUCCUCCCGCUGAUCAAUGACCUGCACUCGGAGGCGAUGCAGGACCGCCACUGGAAGGCGCUGUCUGCCCUGUGCAAAGUCAAAGCCAUCGACCCGAAAGACCCCAAGUUUAGCUUUGCGGACCUGCUUAAGCUGGAAUUGCACUUGCACGUGGACGACGUAGGUGAGAUCGUCGAGACGGCCAACAAGGAGCAAAAGAUCGAGAAGAAACUCACCAUGAUCGAAGAGCUGUGGCGGGGGCUCACAUUGGAUUACGUCCCACACAAGGACUCGGGGACGUUUGUGAUCAAGCCGUCCGAAGUCGUGGUCGAGUCGCUUGAAAGCAACCAGUUGGAGCUGCAAACAAUGGUCGGGAUGGGCAAAUUCGUCGAGUUCUUCAAGGAGCGUGUGCUCACGAGUCAAAAGAGUCUUGGGCACGUCGAAGAGGUGCUCAAGGAGUGGGUGAGCGUCUCCAAGCAGUGGGCGUCGCUGGAAAGCAUCUUCCUGAGCUCGCCCGAUAUUCGAAACCAGCUGCCAGACGACACGCGCACGUUUGAAAGCAUCGACUCCAACUUUAAAGACCUAAUGAAGAACGCCGUGUGCGAGCCCAACGUUGUGACAGCGUGUACGGUCGAGAACCGCCUCGAGAGCCUCAAAGAGAUGACGGCGAUGCUCGAAAAGUGCCAAAAGUCGCUCAAUGAGUACCUGGACAAGAAGAAGAAAAUCUUUCCGCGCUUUUACUUCGUCUCGAACGUGGCGCUACUGGACAUCUUGUCCAACGGAAACAACCCAAAGAAGAUCAUGCCGUUCCUGGGCGAUUGCUACGACUCCCUGACCAACUUGAUCUUUGAGGACGGCAGCCCCAACACGGCGCACACGAUGAUCGCGAAAGACAAGGAGCAGGUCAAGCUGCCCAAGAUCUUUGUCAUGGCGGGGGCCGUCGAGUGCUGGCUGAACGACCUCACCGAAGCUAUGCGAUACUGUAUCAAGAAGGAGAUGCACGACUCGAUCGAGACGGCGGCCAACUGGGACGUGGAGAAGCCGCGCCAUCUGUGGUUGUUCGACUACUGCGCCCAAGUAGUGCUCAAUUCGACGCAGAUCUACUGGACCGAAGAAACCGAGAUGGCCCUCGAGGAGUUUGAAAACGGACAGGAAGACUCGGUCAAGCGGUACUUGGCCACGUGCAACCAACGCCUCGAGCACCUGAUUAACCUCGUUUUGGGGGAGCUGAAGAAGGGCGAUCGAUGCAAAAUCAUCGCGCUCAUCACGCUUGACGUGCACUCCCGCGACGUGGUCAAGAAACUCGUCGACGAAAAGGUCGAAGGGCCGCUGAGUUUUCUGUGGCAGCAACAGCUGCGCUUCAUCUGGAGACAGGAAACUAUGGACGUGGACAUUCGCAUCACGGACUUCAGGUCCAAGUAUUCGUACGAGUGGAUCGGCAACACUGGUCGCCUCGUCAUCACACCUUUAACUGAUCGGUGCUACAUCACGCUCACGAUGGCACUUCGGCUGUUCUUGGGCGGCGCCCCCGCUGGCCCCGCUGGGACCGGCAAGACAGAGACGACAAAGGAUUUGGCUCGGGCUAUGGCGCUGUGUUGUUACGUGUUCAACUGCUCGGACCAGAUGAACUACCAGACGAUGGCCGACAUCUUCCGGGGGUUGUGCCAGACAGGCACGUGGGGUUGCUUUGACGAGUUCAACCGGAUCAACAUUGAAGUGCUGUCGGUGGUGGCGACCCAGGUCAAGUGCGUCCAAGACGCGAUUGUGUUCAAUGCCGUGCCCGCGAACCGCGAAGAAAAGUACCGCCACAUCGCCGCGGGCACGCCGCCGGUGGUCGUGGGCGAGUUUGAGUUUAUGGGCGCGUCCGAUCGCAUCACGUUGAUCCCGACCUGCGGCUUCUUCAUCACGAUGAACCCAGGGUACGCCGGGCGCACGGAACUUCCCGAGAACUUGAAGGUGCUCUUCCGAUCAUGCGCCAUGAUCCGUCCGGAUCUACGGCCGAUUUGCGAAAACAUGCUCAUGAGCGAAGGGUUCCAGCAAGCGCGAACCCUGGCCAUCAAGUUUGUGACACUGUACCAGUUGAGUUCCGAGCUCCUGAGUAAGCAGUUCCACUACGAUUGGGGGCUCCGCGCCGUCAAGUCUGUGCUGCGCGUGGCGGGAAUUCUCAAGCGCGCCGAGCCCGACGUCGAAGAGGACAAGGUGCUCAUGCGCGCUUUGCGUGAUUUCAACACGCCCAAGAUUCCCCACGUGGACACGUCCAUCUUCCUGCGCCUGAUCAACGACCUCUUCAUCGGCGUCGAAGUCGCGCCCAAGGUCAACAACGAACUGCGGGAAAAAACCGUGAUCGUGUGCAAGCAAAACAACCUCCAGUCGGACGAGUCGGUGAUUCUCAAGGUGUGCCAGCUCCAAGAACUGAUUGACGUCCGGCACUCGGUCAUGCUGCUUGGCUCGGCUGGCUGUGCCAAGACCACGACGUGGCAAACGCUGGCCAAGUGCUGGAACUUGAAUAAGGAAAAGAAGAUAUGUGUGUACGAGACGCUGAACCCCAAGGCGGUCACGUCCGACGAGUUGUACGGGUACAUGACGCUGUCCAAGGACUGGAAGGACGGCGUGAUCUCCAUCAUCAUGCGCGGGAUGGCCAAGAAUUACGCCGAGCAGGGGUUCUACGAAAGCCAGAGCUACAAGUGGGUCGUGCUGGACGGCGAUAUCGACGCCGUGUGGAUCGAGUCAAUGAACACUGUCAUGGACGACAACAAGGUGCUGACACUAGUCUCGAACGAGCGCAUCCCCCUCUCAGACGCCAUGCGCAUGAUCUUUGAGAUUAACUCACUCAAGAACGCGACUCCCGCCACGGUGUCUCGGGCGGGGAUCCUAUUUAUCAACGAAAUUGACAUUGGCUGGCGCCCGUUCAUGGAGUCGUGGGUCGCCCGUCGCGAAGAAGAGAUCGAACGGACGUACCUUCCCGGUCUGUUUGACAAGUACAUUGAAGCCACGAGCGAAAUGACUCGCAAGGGGUUCAAGCAGGUGUCCCCCGUCCGCAUCAUCAACCAAGUGAGCACCGUGUGCUACCUCCUCGAAGGGCUGUUCACGGAAAUCCCCCCCGAAAAGAAGACCCAGGAAGUGAUCGAGUACGUGUUUGUCUUUUGUGCGACGUGGGCCUUUGGCGGGCCGUUCAUUGUCGACAAGAGCGUCGACUACCGCAAAAACUUUAGCGAGCUGUGGAUGUCCACGUUCACAACGGUCAAGUACCCCAAGGAAGGCACGUGUUUUGACUACUUUUACAACGUCGACACCAACGAGUUUGACCACUGGAGCACCAAAGUGCCCAAGUACGUGGCGUCCCCCAUCGGCAACGGCGCCGCCGACACGCCCUUCUCCAACAUUGUCAUCAGCACCAUCGAUUCCAUUCGCCUCACGCGGCUCGUGGAGGUGCUGGUCAACCGCCAGCGCCCCGUGCUGCUCGUGGGCGGGGCGGGCACGGGGAAAACCACAAUCCUCAAGAGCUUCCUGCGCAGUUUGGACGAGGAUAUGUUGCACACGUGCAUCAACAUGAACUACUACACGGACUCGUUCAAGUUGCAGCAGCAGCUCGAGCAGGUGAUUGACAAGCGCAGCGGUCGGAUGUUUGGGCCCCCCGCCACGAAGCGCCUUAUCUACUUUAUCGAUGAUCUCAAUCUCCCGUACAUUGAAACGUACGGGACCCAAAACUCGCUGGCGUUGAUGCGGCAGCACAUGGAUUAUAAAACGUUCUUCGACCGCGUCGACUUGGGGUUCCGCAAGGAGAUCGUGGACGUGCAGUACCUCUCGGCUAUGAACCCCACGGCCGGAUCGUUUAUCAUUGACGAGCGUCUGCAGCGGCAUUACGCGCUAUUUGCGUGCAUGAUGCCGAGCAAGGACGACCUUAAGACCAUCUACAACAGCAUUCUCAAAGGCCACUUUGGGUUUGGGUUUGGCCCCGCCUUGAUUAACGCCAGCGACAACAUUGUGGCCGUGAGCAUCGCCGCGCACGAAGACAUUUGCAACAAAUUUCUGCCCAGUGCGACCAAGUUUGUGUACAACUGGAACAUGCGCGAACUGAGCAACAUCUUUCAGGGCUUGGUGCGGGCCAAGGGGGAAUUUUACCCGACGGUCGAGUCGUUUGCGAGGCUGUGGAUCCACGAAUGUACACGGGUGUUUUGCGAUCGCAUGAUCAACAACGAAGACGUCGACAAGUUUACCGAACGGAUGCGCGAUAUUUCCAAGAAAUUCCUGCCAGACGUGGACCAGGAUAAACUGUUUCCCAAGGCUACGUCCGGGGACGAAGUGCCGGACGGACCGCAGCCGGUGGUCAACAUUUUCACGUCGUUUGCGACCCCCAUGGCGGGCGCCGACACGCCGUACCUUCCGAUCGUGUCGAUGAAACACCUGAACAAAGUGCUGUCUGACCAACUGGACGACUACAACCAAAAGUACUCGAUGAUGAACUUGGAGCUGUUUGACAACGCCAUGGAGCAUGUGGCCCGGAUUUGCCGGAUCAUUGGAAGCCCCGGCGGUAAUGCGAUGCUCAUCGGGGUCGGCGGGUCCGGGAAGCAGUCGUUGAGUCGGCUGGCGUCGCACAUCGCGGGCUUCGACGUCCGGCAGCUCAGCGUCACGGCCAACUUCAAGAUCGAGGACCUCAAGGAAAGCCUCGCAGAGAUGUUCAAGGCGUCUGGCGUUGCGGGCCUUCCCAUCGUGUUCUUGAUCACCGACUCACAAAUCGUCAAUGAGCGGUUCCUGGUGUACAUCAACGACAUGUUGAGCUCGGGGUGGAUUCCGGAUCUGUUUGCAAAAGACGAAGUCGACGGGUUACUCAACGGACUUCGCACGGAAGCCAAGACGCAGGGCAUCCCAGACACCCCCGAGACCCUCAUGGACUUUCUCCUACUUCGCAUCCGCCUCAACUUUCGCAUCAUCAUGUGCUUUUCGCCGGUCGGCGCGGUGUUCCGAGUCCGCGCGCGGCGGUUUCCUGGUCUAGUGAACUGCACAGUCAUCGACUGGUUCCAUCCGUGGCCGAGGGAAGCACUGGUGCGAGUGGCCACGAGUUUCCUGGACAAGGUGGAAGACCUCGGCGAUGCGGCGUUGAAGAAGAGCAUUGCAAAUCAUAUGGCGGACGUGCACAUCAGCGUCACGGACAUGAGUAAAAAGUACUUUGAGACCCAGCGCCGGUACAACUACGUCACGCCCAAGAGUUUUCUGGAGCUGAUUAGUUUCUACGAGAUCCUGCUCGGUCAAAAGAAGCAGGAGAUCCAACGCCAAAUCACGCGCCUCGACGACGGGCUGAGCACGCUGCGCAAGACGUCGGCGGACGUGGCCGAGCUCCAAGUCGACCUCAAGCACACGAUGCUCAUCGUAGCCGAAAAGCAGGCGUCGACGGACCUCCUGCUCGAGCAAAUGGGCAAGGAAAAGGCAGGGGCCGAGAUUCAGCAGGAGAACGCCAAUAAAGAGAAGGUCAAGGCCGAGGCGGCCAGUGCGUCGGCCCAGGAGCUGUCGACGCAAGCGGAGAAGGAACUCGGGGCAGCCAAGCCGGCGAUGGACGCCGCGGCCGCCGCCGUCGAUUGUUUGUCCAAGGCCGCGAUCCAAGAACUAAAGUCGCUGCCGAAACCCCCCGCGGGGGUCGACUUGGUCACGAAAGCGUGCUUGAUUCUAGUUGAAAAAGAGUACAAGAACCACAAGUGGGACCGCGCCAAGAAGAUGAUGAACAAUCCAGGCGCGUUCCUGGAUAGUUUAAAGGUGUUUCGAGGCGAAGACAUCCCCGAAGCCGACAUUGGCCGUGUCGAGCCCAUGAUUGCCGACCCCGAGUUUACGGCAGAGAAGAUGGCGUCCAAAUCGGCUGCCGCGGCCAACUUGUGCUCGUGGGUGGUGAAUAUCUUUACGUUCAAUCGCAUUUACGUCCGCGUCAAGCCGUUGAUGGACUCGCUCGAGUCGUCACGGAAGAAGAAGGAGGAGGCGGAAGAGACGUUAGCCAAAGCGAUGGGCCAAGUGGCCGAAGUACAGCGGCGGUUAGAGGUGCUGGAGGACACGCUGAGACAAGCGACUGAAGAAAAGCUCCAAGUCGAACUCAUGAAACAGAACUGCGAGAACCGCUUGGUUUUAGCUGGGAAGCUCGUGAACGGCCUCGCGAGUGAAAACGAGCGGUGGGGCAUUGAAAUCGGCCAGCUUCGGAACAACGCGGUCAUGGUCGUGGGCAACUCGUUGCUAGCGGCGGCAUUCGUAUCGUACAUUGGCGCGUUCGACCAGCAGUUCCGACGCGAUUUGUGGUUCACAACGUGGGUACCCGACUUGGUGGCCAAGGCGAUUCCGUUGACCGAAGGCAUCGACCCCCUGAGCAUGCUCACAAACGAAGGCAAGAACGCGAAGAUGAUGAGCGAGGGGCUACCCGCCGAUCGCAUUUCGAUUGAAAACGGAUCGAUUAUCACCAACUGCAAGCGGUGGCCACUCAUUAUCGACCCGCAAUUACAAGGGAUCAAGUGGUUACGAGAGAAAGAAAAGCACCGCGAGUUGGUUGUGAUUCAGCUCACUCAAAACCAGUGGCUGCGCAAGAUGGAGACGGCUAUUGUGAACGGACACGUGGUGAUUGUGGAGAACAUUGGCGAAGAGAUCGAUGCGACGCUGGACCCGGUGCUCGCGCGGGCAGUGUACCGCAAGGGGUCGAGUGCGAGUUUGUACUUAAAGUUCUCGGGCGAAGAAGUGCAAUAUGAGCCGUCGUUCUUUAUGUACCUGCAGACCAAGCUUAGCAACCCGCACUACAAGCCCGAGAUUGCCGCACAGUGCACGCUCAUCAACUUUAUUGCGACAGAGAGCGGGCUAGAAGACCAAUUGCUCCAAAAAGCAGUCAACAAGGAACAGCCGGAACUGGAAAAACAAAAGCAGGAGCUCGUGCUAGCGUUCCAAAAAUUCAAAAUCGACUUGGUCGAACUCGAAGACCAGUUGCUCGAACGACUGGCGAACGCCCCCGACGACAUUCUCAGCGACGUUCCGUUGAUUGAAUCGCUCGAAGAAACCAAAAUGAAAGCCACGGACAUUGCUGUAUCGGUCAAGAAGAACCAAGAGACGGAAAUCGUCAUCAACAACACCCGUGAGCUGUACCGUCCAGUGGCGGCAGAAGGCGCCAUGCUGUACUUUUUGCUCACCACGUUGUGUGCAAUUGACCACAUGUACCGGUACUCGCUCGACUCGUUCGUCACGUUUUUCUUUGCGUCCAUCGAUCGUGCAACGCCCGCGGAAAAGCAGGCGGACCGCGUGCUCAACCUCCGCGAGUCGCUGCGGAUCACCGUGUUCACGUGGGUGUCCCGCGGGUUGUUUGAGUCGCACAAGCUGAUUUUCCUCAGCCAGCUCACGUUCAACCUCAUGAAGCGCGGGAUUCUCGGCGAGGAAGUGCGCAUUGCAGACACGUACAUGCAGUUUCUACUCCGGGGGCCCAAGAAGACGGGGUCCCCCGACACGGACGCCAACCCGAUCGAGUGGCUGCCCAACGCCCAGUGGUACUCGAUCCAAGCACUGGCGGUCAUGGAAGAGUUCAACAAGAUGCCACAGGAUCUCAAGGAAGCGUCGUCCCGGUUCCGGGAAUGGUAUAAUCACGUCACCCCCGAGAGCGAAAAGCUACCGCUCGACUGGGCGGGACUGGAUCGGACGCCGUUCUUGAAGCUGCUGGUCGUGCGCUGUUUGCGGCCAGACCGGAUGACGUCGGCCGUGUCCGAGUUUAUUCGGCACGUGCUGCCCAAUGGCUCCAUGUACUGCGACUGCGACUCGUCGUUGAACUCCACGCAAGUGAUGGACAACAGCUACCUGGACUCGACGCCCACGACGCCGCUGUACUUUAUCCUUUCGCCCGGGGCGGACGUCGUCGCUGGUUUGGACAAACUAGCCAUCAAGUACGGCUUUGAACGAGGCGUGUCGUACCACAACGUGUCUAUGGGCCAAGGCCAAGACGUGUUUGCAAUGGAUCGCCUCGAAGUCGCCCAUCGCAACGGCCACUGGGUGAUCCUCAACAACAUCCACUUGAUGCCGAGGUGGCUCAUCACGCUUGAGAAGAAACUGGACGAGUUUGCGUUGGAAGGAAGUCACAAGAACUUUCGCCUAUUUUUAACGUCCGACCCGUCGAACGCGAUCCCCAUUGGCGUGCUCAAUCGAUGCAUUAAACUCACCAACGAACCUCCGAGUGGACUCAAAGCUAACUUGAAGCGCGCGUUUGUGAGCUUCCCCAAGGAGUACAUUGAAGAAGCGGAAGGCAAAGUCAAGUCCAUCUUGUUUGGGCUGUGCCACUUUCACGCAGUGAUGAUGGAGCGCAAAAUGUACGGCCCCCUAGGGUUCAACAUGAUGUAUCCGUUCUCGCUCGGGGACUUGCGCGACAGUGCCAUCUGCCUCACCAACUACCUCGAAAACUCGGCGGGCGGCAAGAUUCCGUGGGCCGACCUCAAGUACAUUUUCGGGGAAAUCAUGUACGGCGGACACAUUGUCAACGACUUUGACCGGUUGCUCGCCAAUACGUACUUGGACUUUUACAUGCGCGACGAACUUCUAGACGAAAUGGAAAUGUUUCCGUUUGUGGGCGACGAAAAGGGGCCGUCGUUCAUGUCGUUGGCGCCGUCCUCGUACGACAAGUACCUCGAGCACAUUGAAACCGAGCUCAAGUCGGACUCGCCCUUGGCAUUUGGACUCCACCCGAACGCGGAAAUCGACUUCCGCACCACGCAGAGCGAAAACUUGUUUCGGACACUCAUGGAACUCCAACCCCGCGACGCCGCGGCGGGGGAUGCCGCGUCCAGCCCCAUGGAAAUCGCGCGGACGGCGCUCGAGAUGAUCAUGGGCCGCAUCGGCGAAAAGAAAUUCGAAGUCGACGACAUCACUCGGUCCCUUGAAGAGAUUGGACCGUAUCAAAACGUGUUUUUGCAAGAAUGCGACGCGAUCAACGUGCUGCUGCAAGAGAUUUCGCGGUCCCUGAACGAGUUGCAGCUGGGUUUCCUUGGGGAGCUCACGAUGAGCGACGCCAUGGAAAGCGUCCAAGAAGCCCUCUUCUUGGACAGAGUGCCCAAGACGUGGGAGAAGCUCGCGUUCCCGUCCAUGCGCGCGCUGGGGGGCUGGCUGUUGAACCUCGAGCAGCGACUCACUCAGCUGGACGAGUGGACGCAGAACCCAAGCGACAUUCCGCGCGUGACGUGGCUGAGUGGCAUGAUCAACCCGCAGUCGUUCCUUACUGCGAUCAUGCAAGUCACGGCGCAAAAGUGCCAGCUCGAGCUCGACAAACUUGUGAUUCAAACCGACGUGAUCAAGCGCAAGAGCUCCGAGGUCGACGCGCCGUCCAGAGAUGGCGCGUACAUCCACGGACUGUUUCUCAUGGGCGCGCGAUGGGACUCGAACAACACGACUGUGGACAAGUCGUUCCCUAAGGAAAUGUUCUGCGCCAUGCCCGUCGUUAACUGCAAAGCCAUCCAAGCCGACAAACUUGACCUCAAGGGGUCGUACCUGUGCCCUUGUUACAAGACCGAGUUCCGAGGACCGACUUAUGUGUUUUCGGCCCAGCUCAAGACCAAAUCGCCGCCCGCGAGGUGGGUGCUGGCAGGGGUCGCCCUCAUCAUGGACGUACCAGUCGUGUAA